CUUUACAAGCCACGCGAUCGGCCGGACAUGGUGUUCACCAGCUUCAGUCUUCACACGAUACCCACAUUUUUGCUGACGACCCUACUCGUUCCGUCAACCGUCAACGCCUAUGUAUGCGGGCUGACGUCGGGCAGCCGCGUCGUGGGCGGCGUGAAGGCGCCGGCCUACGCCUACCCGUGGUUCGCGGAGCUGCUACUGCGCGGGGAGCCCGACAACGGCGUCUGCGCAGGCGCGCUCAUCUCCCGCCAGCACGUCCUCACCGCCGCGCACUGCUUCGUCGGGAUACUGGAAGGUGUUCCCAACGACAAGAAGUAUAAGGUCGCGCUGGGGAUGUCUAACCAGUGCGUCAACCAGAACACGAGGAAGAUCUACGACGUGGCCCGAGCGGACGUUCACGAGCGCUACACUACGGCAGGGAACGACUACGACAUCGCCCUGCUCACACUCAAGGAGCCCGCGCAUUUCAUGCCGCUCUGUCCUCCGUGGGAAGUGCAGGGAGCUAGCCGGCUGAUGUUGUGGGGCCGGCCGGCCGACGCGCCGAAGCCGCUGGUGCUGCCCGACGACGGCGGGCGCACCGGUCUGGUGGCCGGCAUGGGCACGACGCGGCCCGGCGUGUCCAGCAGCACGCCCUGCGAGAUCCGGCACGCGCUCGUCACCGUCCUCACACGCCGCGAGUGCCUCAACACGCGCCUGCCGCGCGUCGAGGCCAUGCAGCCCGGCAUCAUCUGCGCCGGAGAGCUGGCCGGCGGCGUCGACACCUGCCAGGGAGACAGUGGUGGUGCGAUGAUGACGAAGUCUGGCCGCCAGUACGUUGCCACAGGCAUUGUGUCGUACGGCUACGGCUGUGGGCAGCGCAACAUGCCCGGCGUGUACACGAACGUGUCGUACUACAAGGACUGGAUCGUGAAGCACAUGGGCUCCGGCUACCAGCAGCGCCUGCGCUCCAGGACCGGCGCCGCUAGGCUGGCUAGCCAGAGAAGGGGCGGCGCCGCUGCGAACGCCGACUGAACCUCGUUCCACGGCGGUCACCACUGCUGCCCGAAGGCACGCCUCCACGCUAAUCCUCGUGACCACUCACCGCGAAAUUAUCUGGGCUUCCAUAGCCGCGAUUAAGUGCAUAAUGAAUGUGCCUCCCAAAUUCAAAUGAACGUUCUAUCGCUGUUCCUUUGUUUGAGUUCCUCGGUACGUAGAUAAUGAGAUGCUUUUGACACUUAUUAACGCCAUUCCGUGUUUCCGGUAUUUCAGUAAAUAGCACUUGGUUCCACACAAAUUAAAUUAAAUAGUAUAUUUCACGUAGACCCGAGUAAUAAAAUUUUUAAAAAAUAUUGUAGUCUUCUUUUGAAAAACCAAUUUAGUAGCCGAGAUAUCUAUGUUGACACACUAACUGUAGUACUAGUUUCGCCAUAUCUGUUGCCUUCCUCAGUUCUAUAAAAAAAGAAAAUAUUUCAACGUUGUAGUUUACAGCAUGCACUAUACUUAUUUCAUGUUACAUUUCUUCUAUUAAUUCCAAUGUUAAACAGAAAUGUGACGCUCUUGCAGUAGUUGUCUGUAACUGAUGUUAGGUAGAGAGCCUGUAUAGGGAGAGAGUGGCCAUUGGUGAAGUUGCCCGUGAUUGGUUGAUUAGCUUCGGCGCCAUUUUUCUGCCAAACGUCUCUCGCGCUUCCUAUGUUCGCACAUGCUUUUGAGCUGAAUUGAAGUUCAUAGGACUUUUGGAAACGAUUAAGAAGUAUUUGAUUUAUUGAUAGACUUGUUAUUCGUUGUGCAUGCAUGUUCUAUUUAGUUGUAUAUCGUGUUCAGUGCGUAAUUAGCGUUUGCGAUCUUAAAUACGAGUUGAAAUAAAGAAAGCGUUUUGUGAUGAAGUCGGUAGGCCUACUUGUUUGAAGUAGGUAGACCUAUUACAAUUUACUACAUUUUUAAGCUCUUAUUUCUUUAACAGUUCGUGCAUACUGGUAGCAUCACAAGCUUUCCUGAAGCCAAUAUCUGACAGUCCUUGCUGGAAACGGAAAGAUCCUGUAAUUGUUGUGCCAUGCUCAUUCGACUUUAUAGCGUCAAACUGUAUUUCGUUGCGAAUCAGAACACUAGGCAUUAUUUAGGUUUCAGUAUUAUUUCCUGACUGUUCACGCAGCCAAGUGCUAGGCACGUUUUCCGCAGUUGUGGUUGCUGAAACAUUAUUCGUAGUAGAUAAUUGUAGGUACUCUUGAAUACAGUUUUUAAUAGGCCUACUUACUGUGGGGUACGGUAGUUUCCUUGUUAUAUUUGUUCGAUAUUAUAGUAGCCUACAUUUAAUAUUACCUGAUUUUUGUAAUCUUUUUCGUUUGUUAUCUACGAGAGGUAUUCCAGUUGUUUAUUUGUGACAUGCAAAAAGUUUGAAGACGUGACAAGAAGUACUAAUACGCCUCAAA